GACGAGUCCCGUAAGACAUUUCAGUGUGUUUAGUACGCGUUACUUAUUUCACGUGAAAGUUUUAAAUCAGUAUACCUAUUGGUAGAGGUAUAAGAGAUAUUGUUAUAAUGGCUGAUCAAAGCGUUCCAAGUCAGGAGGCACCUGCUAGUCCUGCUGUCAGUGCGGUAGAAACACAGCAACAGGCAGACGUUAAAGAAACGCAAGUGGAAAAUGAUCCUUCGAGGACGGAAAUCAAACCGGAACCGGUUGAAGUGAAUUCCGAGGGUGACGCCGCUACGAACGGAAAUGUAGACGCUGUAAAGCCGUCGGAUGAUUGGCUACAAAGAGAACAGGCGUUAUUGAAGAAAAUUGAAGAGCUGGAGAAAGUUAAAAACGAAAGGAGUGAAGAUGGGCUUAGGUUAGAAUUGAAAGUUCGCGAAGAGGAAAUAGAUCUUCUAAGAAGCAGGAUAAAGAAUCUCGAGACACAAUUACAAGCGGCAUUGUCAAAGCCAGCUGGCAAGAACCAGGAGGUGAUACAGAGCAUCAAGCUGCAGCAUGAGGAGCUGUUAAGCAAAGCGCGCGGUAUGAUAUUCGACAAGACAAAGAUGGUGAAAAACCAGGAGCUUCAGAUCGAAGCUCUCACCACUCAAGUGCAGUCGCUCAAGGAUAUCAACGUUAUCACCAAGGAUCUGCUGAAUAUUAGGAACGCGGAGGUUAAGGCUAUGGAGGAUCGCUUGGAAGCGAUGGAGGCCCGCUUCAAGGCGGAGAAGGAGCGGCACGCGCUGGUGCUGCAGCGCGCGCACACCAGCUCCGGCCUGAACGAUGACCUGAAGAAGGAGUAUACCACGCAAUUGGCUAUAUUCAAGGAAUUACGUGAAAAAUACGAGCAGCGUGUACAAGCUCUGGUAUCAGAGAACCAGCAGUUGAAGGAUUUGAGGAAAGCGGACAAGGAGAAGGCGGAUAUGACGAAAUAGCUGAAGAAUAUUUGUAACUGAAGACUGUUAACUGAAUAAUUUUAUUGUAUUUAUUUUACUAUUUUAAUAAAUAACAAUUAGA